UAAAGCAGCUGCACUUCUAGCUCGAUAACUUCAGUUCACUUCUGACAGUGAACUAGCACCCAACCACUAAACUAUGGCGGAAGACAAGAACAUGUUUCUAAGAGCGAAACAUCGCACGUAUGAAGGUUUAACGGAAGAUGAGGAGAAAGAGUGGAGAGGGCCGUUUUGCUUCAUCCAGGCGGCUGACCCGCAGCUGGGACUGAUGAAGGCAUGGAGGGUGGGAGACUGUGAUAGAGGAGGUGAUGAAUGGGCAGAGGAGGUGCAGCUCACCAAGCAGGCUGUCGAUGCCAUCAACAAACUGCAGCCUCCGCCCCGAUUUGUUGUUCUCUGUGGGGAUCUGAUCCAUGCCUUACCAGGUUGCCAAUUCAGAGAGGAGCAAGAGAGGGACUUGAAGGAUGUUCUGCGGGCCACCGAUCCGAACAUUCCUCUUGUGUUUGUCAGCGGCAACCAUGACCUGGGCAACACUCCGACUCCGGACACGGUAGAGCAGUACUGCCGUGCCUUUGGCGACGACUACUUCAGUUUCUGGGUGGGUGGAGUGCUGUGCCUGGUGUUGAACUCCCAGCUGUUCUUUGAUGCAUCAUGCUGCCCUCAGCUGGAGGAAGCUCAUGAGGUCUGGCUGGAGAAACAACUACAGAAAGCAGCCGAGAGCUCAGCACGCCACGUCAUUAUCUUCCAGCACAUUCCACUUUACCUGAGAACGCCAGACGAGGAGGACGACUACUUCAAUCUGCAGAGAACCAAGAGAGAGAGUCUGAUUCACCGAUUCUGCCAAGCAGGUGUCAAAGCCGUGUUCUCAGGUCACUACCAUCGCAAUGCAGGUGGCUGCCAUGCAGGACUGGACAUGGUGGUGAGCUCAGCUAUCGGCUGCCAGCUAGGUGAGGACGCUCAUGGUGUCCGGGUGGUGGUGGUGACUGCCGAUAAGAUCAUCCAUCGCUACCACACUCUGGACCAGCUGAGUGAGAGGGGGAUAGAUGAAGAUCUGAAGAAGCUCUUAUCUUAAAUGAAAAAGUUGCAGGCAGACUUUUUGACCUUCGUGGGUCCUUUCGGAAUUAAAUUUUUUAGGUCGUCAUGCAGGAAUCACAAUUUAUCUUUUCAGUUAGAAAAGAACAAAGUCUGCUUUCAACUGGCAACGGCUCUGAACAAAAGCAGCCAUUUUCUGUCAAUACCCAGAAGGCAUCUGAAUAAUAAGCCUCUGCACACACACACACAGCAAGAGACGGCAGUGAAAAAAAUCUCUACAUCUUAAGGUGUCAUCAGGGCGCUGUUUCUGUUCUGCAUUUAAAAUGUAUUAGUUGCUAUAAUGUUUUGGUUUUUUCCUGUCAGAAAUGAGAGGCUUGGGGAUGUAAUUUCACACAUUAGCAAAAUGUCUUUCUUUUUAUCUUUCAUACCUUAAUCAAACAUCUUGACAUUAGACUCAGGGAAAUGUACUCGAGAAUCCCUUAUCCCUUUACACGUGCAUCAUCUAAUCACACUAAUAAGCAAGUGGAAGUAGUGUUUGAGCUAGUCGUUUGGUGAUUUCAUCCUCUGUGCCCAAGCCCAUUACGCUCUCCCAACUCCAAGAGGUGAGAAGAGGCAAUCUCCAUGGCAACCAUUGAAAGACAUAACAGUUAAGACUGUAACUUACAGAGACUCGUUCAGUCAUCAGAAACCGUUGUUGAUUUCCAUCUCACACUUGUGGUUUUAUCUCUCAGGUUCAGAAUAUACUUUGAUGAUUUGAUGCAUAGGGGAGAAAAAGCUCAAGUCUUUGCCAAGCCAGGGAGUGUGUACUCAUUCAGCUCCAUCUGCCUUUGUGAUGCACAAAUCGAGCCUGCCAGUUGUAAAGAGGCGCAUUGUGAGGGAUCAGUGCACUGCGUUGCCCUCUGUCAUCUUUUUUUUAAGCAGACACUGUUCAGCCUUAUACUAACAUUAAUUAACCAUAUAAACAAUGUUUAUGGAAGCACCUUUGGGAUUUUAUUUUCUGCUGGCAGAUGUGUGCAUAAUCGCAAAAAUGUAAAUAAGAGCUAAUGGGAAUGUUACAGGGAUUACAGUAAACAUUUUUAUUUCAGAA